AUGUACAACUCUUGGGAAGAAUAUUUAUUAUGUCAAUGUUUACUAUUGUUACUGUUGCUGGGAUACUACUUGAAAAAAACUGACUUUGAUUAUAAAUGCAUGGUUUCUGAAAGUGAAGAAAACGCUCAUCACUUCCUUACUCAAAGUUUUAAAUAUUUUAUUCAGCAACAUCAAAGAUGCAUCAAGCUCUACGAAAUUUUAUAUUUCCUGACCGAAAGGUUGAUGUUCGUGAUAAUGCUUGGUUCAUCUGCUCUUCUCAUCAUAGCAGGUUCUACGAUGGUAGUUUUGAUGGAUUCACACGUACCAAUGGCUAUAAAAAUGUUUGUUUGUUGCUGGGCUGCCAUGAUUGUAAUCUUAUUCAUAUGUGUUCCUGGUCAACUUUUAAGUAAUGCUGGUCAUGAAUUUUUCAUCGAAUGUUAUUGCGUUAAUUGGCACGGCUACCCUCCGAAAGCUCGAGUUUUGUUGUUACUGAUACUAGUAAGAACGAAAAAACCUUUGGUAUUGAGAGCAGGAUUCCUAGCCGAUUUGAGCUUUGAAACCUGUAGCUCAGUGCUGAAAAAAGCUGCGUCAUUUGUAACAGCUUUAAGAUCAAUAUAUACUGCGUUUUAA